UUUAAAAAAUGACAACAACCUUCGAUGGGCAAUUUUUCUGUUGGAUUGGCUUUAUAGUUAAAGUGUUAGUCAGUCGAGAUCAGAUCGUUUAAUUGAAAACGUUCGCGUCGGUAUUAUACAUCCGAUACGUAGUGAAACAGCCAAGUGUUGUGACUUGAAACAGAAAUAAUAAAAAAAUUAAAUUGUUUCGUAUCAAAAGAAGUUUAGUUCUUCCAUUAAGACGAAAAAUAAAAAUAGAAAGUCUUUGCAAAUUUAUGCAAUCGAGGUGUCAACAUGCAUAGUUUGAACGAAAGAAAUUUACUUUUUUAUUGUACAUGGAUCAUAUGCUUGGGACUGGUAGUAAAUAUAAAUGGCCAAGAAGCUGAGACAACCGAAUUCGCACCACACGUAUCAGCAACAUGUAAAGCAGGUGUUAUGAAUAUAAAAGUGGCCUUCAAUGGUUCAUAUACCGGAACUGUUCAUGCCAGAGAAUAUAGAAACAGCAACUGUAUGGUUGUGGGCGACGGCGGUUCAUCCGUUUCUUUAAGUUUAAACAUGUUGGCGAACAAGGGCCAAAAUGACUUCUGUGGUAUUCUCGUUAGCAAUGUAAAUGCUGAGAGAACGGAAGAACGAUCCGUCCAAUUAGCAGUUCGUGUACACAGAACUCUGGAAUUAGCCGAUGAUAAAUUCUACGUGAUCACUUGCGGUAAAUCUGGAUUUACUAGGGAUAAAGACUCGUAUGUCGCAUUAAAGUUCAUGGAAAAUAAUCGUCGUGUUCGAGAAACUGUCUACGGCCGUGAAUAUACAAUUUCAGCUGAGCUCACACAACCGAAUGGUACUUAUGGGAUAAAAGUGAAAAAUUGUAUCGCGUUCAACAAGAAAAACGUUAGCUAUUCACUGAUCAACGAGAAAGGCUGCCCCAUCGAUCCGAAUGUUAUAACGAAAUUCAAAUCGAACGACGAUGGCACCAAGGCAACAGCAUUGUUGAAGUCAAUGUUCAAAUUUCCCGAAGGCUCUGAAGUUCACAUUCAGUGCGACAUUGUACAGUGUGUGGGAAAAUGUCCCGAUGAUGAACUCUGCACGGUCAGCAUUGCCGAACAGGUGAAAGGCGGUCGUUCAUUAAGUGAAAAAUCAUCCGACGACAAUAUGCUACUCGCUUCGACCACUGUAUUCGUUCUAGAUCCUGCUGAAGCACCAUUAAUUUCUCCGCUUUGCGAAGAGGGCGGAGUGAGACCUGCAUGGUUGUUAUGGUUAACGAUUGCCCUAGGUGUUCUGUUCCUAAUUAUGUUACUGAUGAACAUUUUCUUAUGCACUGCUAUGAGCUGUAGUUGUGCCCGGACUGAGAUUAUCGAAAAAGAGCCGUCAAUAAUUGAAGAGUACGAUCCGUACAGAAGCUGGCACGGCAGUCAAUAUGGUUCACGGUAUUCCUUACACGGACGUGAUGGUCAUAAUAAGGGAUACACAAGCGGCGGUUCGACCAUACACUCAAAUAGGUCUCUACCGAUUGAUUCUGAUCAUUACGCUAUUGUGCACUCGCGACCUCAUUCAGGAGCCAAUGGUCAUCGUUCCAGAGGACCGCCUAGUAAUUUGUAAUAACUGUUCUUUUGUUCUUUAAAUUUUUGUUUGUUUAAUCGUCGUAUUGUAAAUAAAUUGCUCACUUUUCCAACUACACACCAUAACAGACAUGACACCAUAUCCAUUAAAAUGAAUAAGAAAUAUAGUAGAAGCAAAAACCGGUAAAUCAUUCGAAUGCCAAUCGAGAUUUAUAGUUGUGCUCAGUUUGACUAGAUUGAAAAUUGCCUGGAGAGAAUUUGUUUCAUUUGCGAGUAAAAUAUUGAAAGUUAGAGACCAUAUUUUAAGAACAAUGUUUGAUUCGUCACAAAGAGUAACCAUUUAUAUACACAUCCUUAACACAUAAUGCACUAAAAACAAAACUUGUUACAUAACAUCAUUCAUAUACAAAAAAAACAUAGAAAAUAUUUUAUUUUAGAAGGAAACAGCUAAGUUUAAAACCUACUUUUAUCGAGUAAACACGAGAAAUGAGACACUAAUAUAAUUACACUAAUUUUAGCGCGCAUUUUUAACCUUUUACCGAUGUUGACAAAGUUGUCCCCCUCGUUGAAAUGUGUACAAUUUCAAAAAAGAGUCCCAAAAACACGAAAAAAAACAGUCGACAACAGUUUUGUCGUUGAGUUUUAAGGAAUCGCCUGAGAAAUGAAGUCUCGAGAGUCGAUUUUUUUCGUAUUUUGUUGGAUUCUUCAAACAUAUUUUUCAGUUAUCAUAAAGUAUUGGACAUAAUUGUUCUAUAAUUAUCCCAUCCCAGCAUGACAAAAAUUUGUGAAAAUAACUCGACCUGAACUUCGACGAGUUUAAAUCUGCUCGAAGCGUUCGCCAGCAAACUAAUUUCCAAAAUCGACGAACUUCUAGAACUUCUUCAUUUUUUUUUCUGUUUCAAUUGAAUGAUUGAUUGAAUGAUAUCGUUUCUACAUCAAAUUGUUUUGGAAGUGCAAUGUCGUAAAAUUUCCCUCCUACUGUAAGUUAAAGCUGAAAAUGUUCGAAUUUUUUUAUUGGUACCAACAUUUUCUUUUUCGUUAGACUCUGAGUUCAGGCUCGUCCUCCACAUAAAAAUUCCACAAAAUGUUAGUCGAUUUUUUUUAAACAUUUAGGACGUGUAAAAACUUAUGACGACGUAAAACGGUGAUACGCUUGCCGUCUGUAAAAGGUUAACAAAUUGACUGUCCACAUUUAAGUGGAAGUUGUUGGGCUGAUAUUCUAAGCAAAGAAUGGUUCUGCAUAAUAUCGGAAAAAUACUCCAUUGAGAUUGUGAUUUAUGCUGAAUCUGUCACUGACGGCUGUCAUCGGUUAUCGACCACGACAGUAAUAAUAAACGACAAGCUCUGACUAAAGAGGGCUUAUAGAGCAAAAAGCAUGUUUAAAACAAACGGAGUAAAAGAUUUCUGAAAUCAAUCUAAGAAAAUCUUCGAUCAAAUGACGUAAAACUUUAUGCUUGGCGUCUGUGACAGGUUAAAAGUUGAUGUAAAAGUUGAAAUUUUAUAUGUUGCCUCUCCAUCUCCAUAUGAAUAUCUAAAUGCGGAAUAGAGACAUUUAACAUUGCGAAUUAUGAGAAAAAUGAAAUUUUAAUAUGUUGGUCACUUGAGACAGAAGUUGUGGUCUCAAGUCCUUGUGUUGCUCCUUUUGUCCUGGACAAAAAGAAUAAAAACAACUUUUGUGUUUGUUGUGUAUUAAUAUGUUUGUUUCUUUCGCGAAGUUACACGAUAUACUUCGGAUUUUGAUCAAGAAGAAAAAAGGAUGAACCUGUGCCGAAAUAAGUAGAAAAAACGCAAAUUUCAUUUUCCUUAUAAUUUGCUAAUAUGACAUCCGCCUUUUUCGUAUUUAACUAUUCAUAUAAUUUGUAUGCAGACAUUACCUAUAACUUUCCAAUUUUACGUCAUAUAUUAAAUGAACAUCGCAAUCUGUCAGCCUAAUGACACAUCGAUAGCGAAAACGAUACUUUUCCGACGAAUGGUGUCCAACAAUGUUUUGCUUAGAAUAUGAAUCCAAAUCGAUUAAACCAUACUCUUCCACAUUAUGUCGACGAUCAAUUGAAAUCGUCUUCUUUCACUUAAAUAUAAAUAAAUUUGG